CGUCAGCCCGCCGGGGAUCGCCGAGAACGCCAAUCUCGACUCGGAAGCUCAGCGCUCCUUGCUUCCAACUAUCAUCCUGCGCGACGUAUCAGGCGCUCAUUCGUGGUCUCGACGCUGCUUAGACUCUUAAGGACACGCGAUUUGCGGUUGUUGAAAAGCUGCAUCGUAGUAUCUAGCCGGCGGCAACAAGAGCGUGUCGCGUAUGCUUAUACCCUCAAUCUCUUCCGACGACAGCUCGGGAAGUAUAUCCCUGCCUCAGCUGACCGCCCGGCGUCUCUUAGUCGCGUUGGGAGAGCAUCGUCAAUUCGGACCCCAGAUCGACAAAGGUUAUAACCACAUGUCGUAUAUCGCCGGGCAUGGCGAAGGCAGCGUCGAUGCCUCUCUUCCUCAACACUCAUGAUGCGGCUCAUCAUCCUCGGCGGUCAAGGCGCAGCAUCAGCCAACUCUCCUUCGCUUCAUCAGAGGGCACAAGGUGUGGCGCGCACGUCUGCGGGCCGGCUCCUCCUCGCAGCUUGUCACGAUGCAUUCAGCGAGGAACUCCUGUCGACGUCCACUUGGGAUACACCCGACAUUCAUACGAACGCCUUUUCGACAGCAGAUGCGCUGCUUGCUAUACCAGCUGGGAACGACGUCCACAACGCCAUCCUGAGCAUGACACGAACAUGCCUCAUCCAGUCGUUACUUCUGCUCGAAUGGCUAGAGUCGUCAAAACACCGGACGACCGAUAGCCCCGCCGUCAUACUCCCAUUCUCAUCUGGCAUCCUUGCCGCGUAUGCGCUCAGCGCCGCCCGCAAUAUACCCUCGUUUAUCACCUACGUUGUCGACGCUUUCAAGAUCGCUUUCUGGAUCGGUUAUCGUGUACAUCGCUAUCGUCAGGAAUUCCUAACCUCGCACGACGUCGCGCCGUCUCUACCGUGGAGUCUCGUCGUGGCCGGGCUUACCCUCGCGAAAGCUCGCCGACUGCUCGAGAUCUGCGCCACUGACCUUCCUUCGCUCUCCAUCACCGCUAUCACAGACACAACGUGUAUUACUAUUUCUGGCCAUCCGGAUGAUCUCCUCUUCUUCAAGCAACACCAUAUACCCUCCCACUGCACUACUCACGACCCCGGUCUGUCAACAUUAUACCAUUUUCCACUCUACGCGACCGCCCUCCACGACGAAGUUUUGCAAGACCUGCGACUUCGCGAGGUCGAUUUCCCUGCUUUCGCUGCUCUUCGUAUUCCUAUACGCUCCGCCGCGACCUCGGACGUCCUCGACGACCCUCGGCAGGACGCCAUGGAUGCUAUCCUUCGCUCCAUCACCGUACUUCCUGUCAACUGGCUGGAGACGGUAGAUCGGCAACUGCUGUCUAUUCCGCCCGAAUCCGAGGUCGAAAUUAUCAACGUUGGCCCCGGUGGUGGUCUGGCGCGCGCUAUCAAGCGUCGUCUGGGCAAAAGAGCGCGACUUGUGGAUAUCUGCGAGAGCGCUGGUCAAGCACCGGACCCUAUACAAGAACCCAUCGCCAUCGUCGGUAUGGCCGUUCACGUACCUGGUGCUCGUGCGCCAGACGAGCUUUGGACAAGCUUGGAGAACGGUAUGAAUAUGGUCUCUUCGAUCCCUGAAGCUCGGUUCAUGGUCUCCAAUUACACCGGUGCCGCGAACUCGUCGACCCGCAAGAUGCGAGCCAGCAUGGGUAACUUCAUCGACGGCGCGGAUGAGUUCGAUGCAGCCUUCUUCGGCAUCUCACCUAGGGAGGCACGCAGCAUGGACCCCCAGCAGCGGAUACUGCUUCAGACGGCGUACGAAGCUCUCGAGAGCGCGGGAUAUAUCCCGGACGCUACGCCGACCUCUUUGCGAGAGACCUUUGGCUGCUACAUCGGCGCUGCAACGAAUGACUACGUCCAGAAUCUGCGGCAUGAAAUCGACGUUUGCUAUAGCUCUGGGACGCUACAGUCCUUCCUGAGUGGUCGUAUUUCUUACGCUCUCAAGCUCGGAGGGCCCUCUGUCGUAUACGAUACUGCAUGCUCGUCGUCCUUGGUAGCCAUUCACGCGGCAUGCCGGGCCAUUGCAAAUGGUGACUGCACCGCCGCCCUCGCUGGCGGCGUGAACAUCAUUACCAGUCCCGAUAUGUUCAUUGGGCUCGACCGCGCUCAUAUGCUGAGUCAUACGGGCCAGUGUAAGUCCUUCGACGUAUCAGCAGACGGCUAUUGUCGCGGGGAAGGCAGCGCAAUGUUCGUUCUCAAAAAGCUUUCGGACGCUCUCGCAGAGCAGGACGCGAUCUUAGGCAUCAUCCGCGGCGUGGAGAUCAACCAUAGUGGUCGUGCGCCGUCGAUCACGCAUCCGCACGCGGACGCGCAGGCCGCGCUCUUCCGACGCCUGAUGUCGACGGCGGGAAUGUCGUCCUCGCGCGUCGGAGUUGUCGAGGCGCAUGGCACGGGCACACAGGCAGGCGACCCGACAGAGAUGAAGAGCAUUCGUGAGGUUUUCGCUACUGGGCAACAGCUGCGCGUCACGUCUGUCAAGGCGAACAUCGGGCAUCUGGAGGCGGCGUCGGGCGCCGCGGGUGUGGCGAAGGUGCUCAUGAUGUUCAAGCACAAGAAGGUGCCGCCGCAGAUCUCGUUGAAGAUCCUCAACCCGCGCAUCGAGCCGAUGGAGGGAAGCGGGAUGGAGAUCAGUACGCGCACGACGGAUUGGGAUGUCGAUGAAGGAGCGACUCGUGUAGCGGUCGUCAACAACUUCGGCAUCGCGGGCUCGAACGCGACGCUCCUACUCGAAGAGUACGUCUCGCCCGAUGAUGGCGCUGCGGACGUCGAUGGCAGGAAGGCGCAUAUAUUCGGCGUCUCUGCUAAGACAGAAGGACAGCUCGAGGAACGUCGGGACGCUCUGCUGCGCUGGCUUCGUGACCCCGCCAGCCGAUCGAUCUCGCUCAGCGACAUCGCGUACACCUUGACCGCUAGGAGUCAGAUCCAUCACCAUCGGCUCGCUGUUUACGCGAGCUCUCGCGAGGAGCUAUGCGCACGACUUUCGGGCGCGUCGGUCAGGCCCGUCGUCGAUGCGAAGGAGCCGACCAUCUUCGUGUUUUCUGGCCAGGGUGGUCAGUACCUCGGCAUGGGCAAGCAGCUAUACGGCACGUCGACUGUCUUCAGGCGCGUUGUCGACGAUUGCGAGCGCAUACUCUUAGGCUCGGGCCUCACCGGCGCGAAGGAUGUCGUCGUUGGAUCGCUUCACGAUACGACCCCUCGUGCGGAAACUGAGGCAUAUCAAGCCGCCACCUUCGUCCUGGAAUGCGGGCUUCUGGAGAUGUACAAGUCGUGGGGCAUUGUUCCUGAUGCGGUGGUCGGGCAUAGCCUGGGUGAAUACGUUGCUCUUGUAGCAGCAGGAGUCCUCAAACGGGAGGACGCGCUGUACAUUGUGGGCAAGCGUGCUCGACUGAUGGCAACUGCUUGCGAUGUCGCAACCACUGGUAUGGUCGCCGUCAAGUACCCGCCUAUCGACGUUCAGAGUCUUAUCGAGUUGGAUUUCGCGGACAGUUUGAGCAUCGCCUGCUACAACGGGCCCUCGGAGUGCGUAGUCGCUGGGCCUGUCCGGCUGCUUGGCGACUUCCUAGCGACAUUGAAAGCUCGCGGAAUACCGUGCGUGCGGCUGGAAGUGCCGUUUGGGUUCCAUUCGCAGGCUAUGACACCCAUCGUCGACGAUCUCGACAAGGUCUGCGAAGGCAUUGCCCUCAAACCGCCCUCUAUUUCCAUAGCCUCUAACGUCCUGGGAACGAUCGUACCGACUGGCGAUACGACCACCUUCACUUCGACUUACUUCUCGCGCCACUGUCGAGAGCCAGUCCAAUUUCACGACAACAUACACGGAUUGUUGCACAGCGCUGCAUACUUGAACGCAAUUUGGAUCGAGCUCGGACCUCACUCCACGUCGCUGCCGAUGGUCAGGUCAUGCGCUGGCACCAGUGGUGCCACGCCGCUUUGUCUCGCAUCGCUCAGGCGGAAGGAGGAUCCGUGGUCAACCAUGUCCGCGGCUCUAUCCCAGCUAUAUACGACCAACACGCCUGUGCGGUGGCGCGCGGUCUUCGCCGACAUGCCACACGUGCGAAACGUACCCUUCCUACCCCCAUAUCCUUUCGCCAAGGAUCGGUAUUGGGUGCCUUUCCGCGAGGACGCGAUAUCGGUGCCGUCCAGCCUUUCUUCGAUCUCCCACCCGACGCUUCGGGACAUGUGCCGAGCUGCAGGUCCCGCAGGCCCAACAACAUUCUCUGUGCCCAUACGCGACUUGAAGACCUUGAUCGAAGGACACACGGUUGGAAGCUGGCCAUUGUAUCCUGCUUCACUCUACUUCGAACAGAUCUACGCCGCUGUGACCCUGACCUUGUCAGAGGGCACCUCUGCGUCUGUCUUCGUCGUCCGGGACGUCAAGUUCCAGCGCGCUCUGGUACUGCAACCCGAAGAACAACGGAAAGUGGUCGUCGACGUCACUUCGGAACAACAACUAGGCACCGUGCGCGUUUCCUCGUCCUCGCCGUUUGCCAUCGAGACUCUGCACGCGAGCGCUGAGUAUCGCAUCGAGGAUCCUGCUCGCGUCUUGGCUGCCUUCGAACGUCAUUCACCUAUCCUACGGUUCUCGCUCAAGGCUAUCACAGGCGACCCAGGCGGCCGUAACUUCGACAAGGAGUCCGUUUACAAGCUCUUUGCGCGUGUAGUCAACUACUCGGCUCAAUAUCAGGCUGUGGAGACCCUUCGGAUUGCGGCAGACGGUCUCACUGCCGUGGCAAUCGUGAAGAUCGACGACGACGACUCGAUGCCAUCAGCUCCAGCUCAUCCAAUCUUUCUGGACGCCAUGCUCCAUGUCCCAGGGUUUCUCUGCAACGUCAACUGCGACAAGGACGACGUCUACAUCUGCACCAACAUCGGCAAAGUCGUUAUCGCACCUGCGCUCGACGUGCUUGGCAAGGACUUCCAAGUGUACGCUAUCAUCGAUGUUCGCGAUGAUGGCACUGCCUGCGCCACCUCGUACGCCUUGCUGGACGGUAGCACGACACUCGUAGCCAAAGUAUCCGACAUCGUCUUCCGCAAGGUAAAGCUACAGGCUCUGCACAAGACGCUCGCUAUGCCACUGGAAGCUCGACCUCUGACGAACGUGCCCGCAGUCGCCACCUCUGACUGCGCCGCUGUAGCUGCGAUCAUUGGCGAAGUCCUAGGGAUUCCUGCUGAGCGACUUAUCCAUCAUACCGACCUGCAUGACUAUGGGCUAGACUCGCUCACGUCGAUCGAAGCACGACACCUCUUCAAGCUCAGAUGCAACGUUCAGCUCCCAGUCGACUUCUUCGUCGCCCACCGGACAAUACGGCAGAUCGCUGCGUAUCUGGACACCUGUGUCCCGCAGCGCAAUCUGGGUCCGAACGCAGAGACUCUGCAGCCGAGACUGAUACAGCAACCUUUUACCGGCGAACUAGAUCCCUUGAUCCUCAUUCACGAUGGGAGCGGUCUCAUCGACUACUAUGAGCGCCUGCCUCCGAUGGAUCGUCAGAUCUGGGGCAUACCGAGUCCAACAGGCAAUGGGACGCAAUCGCUGACGGACAUGGCUGCAUCGUACGCCCAGUUCAUCGGCAUGACAUUCACUGUUCCCGUAAUUCUUGGGGGUUGGUCGUUUGGCGGUGUCGUCGCUUAUGAGGCCGCUUGCCUACUUGCUGCUCAGGGCGUUGCCGUGCGCGGCGUCAUCUUGAUCGACUCGCCUAGUCCAUCAGGGCAUGUUCCUCUUUCCCCGGAAGUCAUCGAAGUGGCGAUAGGAUUGAAUGGAGGUGUGGGUGCAAAGACAUUGCGGCCACUCCUUGAGGCCCAGUUCGCCAGAAACGCACGACUGCUGGCAGAAUACGAGCCUGCGCGGAACCGGGUGGAGCCUCGACUGGCCUUCUUGCGCUGUCGUGAUGGGUUCAGCUCGCCUUCGCUGACGAAGGGCGUACCCCUAUGGCUCGCGGACCGCUCAGACGACAACCAGGAGAUCGUAGGUGCAUGGGAAUCGCAUGUGGGCUCGCCCAUGAAGGUUUGGGACAUCCCAGGCCACCACUUCGAGCCAUUCCUUCCCAAGAACAUCGCCGCCGCAUCUGUCGCACUCAGGGAGGCCUGCUGUUAUCUUGCCCAAGCUGAUACAUGGCCUCAUAUCCCAAAAGUUUAGUUAGCAUUUACAGUAUCCGUUCAUAAAUAAGUUAUCACUGCCAGU